UAAAAAUAAAACAUACGUCAUUUUGUGCUACCCGAAAUUCUGUCCAAAUUUAUUAACGAGAUUUCAGACCUUAAUGAUAAAGGCUGCUUGUUAACAGCUAAAGUGGUAGUCAUCGAUGUUUUCUCCCGAUCAAAAGCCAGUUUUUGGAGAAAAAACCAAAAAAUUGAGAGAAAUAUUCGAAGGCAAUAACUCUAACAAUUGGCUGACAAGCAAUGAAUUGAGAAAAUGUUUACAUAUUUUAGAUAUUUAUCCUGCAGAAUCGCAAGUUGUUGAAUACGUUCACGACGCGUGUCAAAUAUCAGGGCGAUUGGAAAAAAAGAUAUCAUUCGGUGAAUUUUGCUAUAUUGUUAGCGUUUUAGAAGAUGAAUAUAGAAAAUGUUCCGCGGACAGAAAAUCUCCCAACGCGACUCCACCAAAAUGUAGACAAUGUGGAGAUUUCAUUUUUUUAGGCGGAUCUUGUAAUCCUACAACGUGGAGAGGAGAUACUGUUAUCCCUUUUUUAAUGAAACAUAACCUGACUUUUUAUAACCCACAAAGAGAUGAUUGGAGCGAGGAGUUAGUACAACAAGAAACUGAGGCUAAGGACCGUGCAGAAGUUCUAUUUUUUGUGAUUGAUAACGUUACUAGAUCAACAGCCUCCAUGGUAGAGUCUGCCAAUCUGGCAGCUAAAGGGAAACCUUUAAUUCUUAUAAUCAAACGCUUCGAUGGACCACAUAAAGAAGUCGCAGGCGAAAAGCUUUCUGAAAUAGAAUAUGAAGAUUUAUGUCGAAGUCAUGCCUACCUAACUCAUUUAGUAGAAAGACGAGGUAUUCCAGUUUUUAGUGAUAUAGAUGUUGCGCUUGAGUGCCUUCGUCGCGUUUUACACGAGGACAUUCCCCUUGAGGAGCUCACUUUGAAAGAUGGUGCCAUCCCAGUUAAGCAUCCGCACGUUAGGAUAUCCGAUAAAUUCCGGCAAAUAAAGGAAGCAUUCGACAAGCAUGGUGCUGAUUAUUUAAAUAGAGAUGAAAUAAACGAAGCUUUUAAAUAUUUAACAUCCGCUGAUUUGCCGAAAUGGGUCUGGCAUUCUUCUGGCCCAGAUAAAAAGUUCAAUCUAGAAGAGUUUUACUGUUUAGUUACAGAAUUUAAAAACGAACGACAGUUGAGCGUUGCAUCAAUCCUUAGAGGAAUUGUUCGUUUUCCCAUAGUUAUUUACGAUUGGUUAAUUGGUCGUUCUCAAAGUUGUCCAGAGUUGAUACGAACAAAAUCAGUUCAAGAUUAUGAUAUUUUCUUAGGAGGGACUUGCGCAGAUUCAUUAUGGAGAGAGGAAAUAGCAAUACCUAUAUUAGACAAAGCAGGUCUCACCUACUAUAAUCCUAAGAAACAAGAAUGGACCACCAGAUACAUCGCUCGCGAAGCGUCAGUCAAGGACCAUUGUAAAGCACUUCUUUAUGUAAUAACAUCCCAGACACGAGGAAUUACUUCUAUGCUUGAGGCGGCUUACUACUCCGGAUUGGGUCGAAAAGUAAUUUUUUGUAUCUUAAGUAUUAACACGAAAAAAAUUUCUGGAGAGGAGUUAACUGAGAAUGCAAUCAAAGAUUACAACAGGGCUCGCACUUACUUAUUUGAAAUUACCCAAGAAUGUCCCCAUUUUCAAAAUAUUGAGGAUGCUGUCAGAGAAGCUGUUCGAAUUGUUCAAGAACAGAGCUAUUAA